CUAAAACUCCUCAACAUCACCACCACCACAAUAAAAAGCUCUGCUUUUUCGCAACCUACAGAGCUCCUUCCUUCAAUCCAUCCUCUUCCUCCUCCUCCUCCUCCUCCUCCUCCUCAUCAUCGCCAUUGUCAACUAGUUCUUGCAUGGCAGUGAGCUUCUUGAGGUACGAGGUAUCUGACCUCUGUCUAGCCAAGCCGGCCCUGAGGUCCCUCUCUGCCUCCGCCACAGUUGCUGAUGCCUUAGAGGCCUUGAAGACAUGUGAGGAAAACUUCAUCAGUGUCUGGGACUGCAACCACUCCAAGACUACCAGAUCUCUAGACGCUGGCCAGCUGUGCCGCUGUGUUGGCAAGGUCUGCAUGGUUGAUGUCAUCUGCUAUCUCUGUAAAGAUGACAACUUGGUGUCUCCAUCUGCUGCUCUCAAGGCACCUGUCUCUGCAAUUUUGUCUAAGAUUCCUGGCCAAGUGAUGCAUGUGGAACCCUCUUGCAGCCUACUAGCAGCCAUUGAUCUGAUCGUCCAGGGAGUCCAGAACUUGGUAGUACCAAUAAGAACCAGGCUAAGCAGCAGUUCAAGAAGAAAACAACACCCAAAAAGCACCACCACCACCUUCCACAAUGGCCAAGAGUUCUGCUGGCUGACACAAGAAGAUGUAGUCCGAUUUCUCCUCAGCUCAAUUGGCCUCUUCUCUCCCAUCCCAGCUUUCUCCAUAGACUCUCUUGGCAUUAUCAGCACUGACAUCUUAGCCAUCAACUACCACUCCUCAGCAAACUCAGCCCUGCAGCUCAUAUCCCAAUCACUUUCUCAGCAGACCUCUGUGGCUGUGGUAGACUCCGAGGGGGUCUUGAUUGGUGAGAUCUCACCCUUCACCCUUGCCUGCUGUGAUGAGUCAGUGGCUGCAGCCAUCACCACUCUCUCAGCUGGAGACCUCAUGUCCUACAUUGAUUGUGGUGGACCCCCUGAGCACUUGGUUAGGGUUGUGAUGGAGAGAUUGAAGGAGAGAAAGCUACAAGGGGUGUUGGAAAAUUACACAUUAACUUCAUCAAGUUCUUAUGCACAUUCUUUGAUGUCUUCUUCAUCAGAUGAAGAGUCUUCUGUGUCUCCAAAUACCACUUUGCAGCCAAGGUCUGGUAGAUACAGUAGGUCCAGUAGCUACUCAGCUAGAAUGGUGAGGAGGGCUGAGGCCAUAGUUUGCCAUCCCAAGAGCUCAUUGGUAGCUGUGAUGAUUCAAGCAAUUGCUCACAGAGCGAACUAUGUGUGGGUUAUUGAGGAUGAUUGUAGCUUGGUGGGAAUUGUCACUUUUUCUGGCAUGUUAAAAGUUUUCAGGGAACACUUGGAGACCAUGGCCUAGAAGAUGUAUUAUUAGGAGUUGGGAGUGCAAAGGUUUUGGUUUUUUGAUCAUGACCUGGGGCUUUGAGAGAAUAAAGAUGAGAGAAAAAAGAAAAAAGAAAAAAAAUUGAGGUAGUGAUGUGAAUAGGGAGAACUUUGUUCUCACAAUUUUCAAGUUGGCUUUGUGUGGAUCUUGUUAUGUGGUCUUUUGUUUUACUAUUUGAUCUUCAAAUUGCCUCUUUUGGCACUUCAUUAUAUUUGAGCAGAAAAAAUCAGGCAUAGGCAGGCAGAUUCUCAA